UUUAUUGUUUGAAAACGUGUCCUUAUAUUCGAAGUCGUGUGAACGCGUAGUACACCUUGUUGUAGCUCUAUAUAUAUAACACAACCCUUAAGAGGUUACAUAUAUUCCGCCGAACGGAACCAUCUGGUUCAGUAGCUAACUAGUAGUGAUUGCUGACAGUGUUAACCUCAGACUGAAGAACAUAGUUGAAGCAAGAUCAUGAGGGUGUUUCCGAGGUUCAAGUUUCUGUCACGAGCAGUGCACGAGGAACAGGAGGGUGAGCAUGAUGGGGAGAGAAACAAGUACCCUUUAACGGAAGGAAGCUUGUGCACGUCCUUAACGUUAACUGUUUGGAAAAAAUCCCUAGUGAUUAGUUGUAAAGGGUUCACCGUGAUUGAUUCGUAUGGAAACCUGGCUUAUAGGGUUGACAAUUACAUCGGCCACCCCAAUGAAGUCAUUCUUAUGGACGCUUCAGGAAACUCUGUCCUCACUCUGCACCGCUCCAGGAAGCUGGGAUUAGUAGAUAGGUGGUUUGUGUAUGAAGGGGAAAGGGGGAAGCAGAGUACGAGAAGUAAGUGGUGUAAAUCGAAAAGCAGACCAGUUUGUUGUGUAAGGAAGCGUGUGAAUAUUUUAGACGGCAAGCCCAAGGUUCAGGCCUACGUGUAUCGUGUAGCAUCGGACUCAGAUAAACGACAUGCGGCGUUUACAGUUGAAGGUUCCUAUGCACAUAGGACAUGUAAAGUGUUUGAUGAGUGCAAGAAGGCUGUGGCUGAAAUCAAGAGAAAGGAGGCCAAUAGCAAAGACGUCUCUUUCGGGAUAGAGAUUUUUCAAUUGGUUGUUCACCCUGGCUUUGAUCCUAGCUUUGCCAUGGCACUCGUUUUACUACUGGAUCAAAUGUUUUCGUAGUAUUCUCGUAGAGUAACACGUUUCUUGUUUCUAUAUCCACCUACCAUUUUACUCCAUAGGCACUGUAAAUUAGAAGAGAUGUUUAUAAAACGAAAAAGACAAUUGAAGUAGUCAACUAUUUACAGUGUGUUUAAUUUCGUGUUUAGGAACAAUGAACGCACCACGUCAAGCAAGAAGCUAGACGGAGCAGCGUUCACGUACAUUCACAUCGUGGAAUCAAAGAUGGCUUAACCUGUCAAA